AUGGCGUCCGUAUACAAGUCGAUAUCUAAGAAGAAACAAGAGCGCCUCGUCGCCGACGAAAUCUCUGAAGAUGAGGAUAUGGAUAUGAACGAUUUGAUGGAUGAAGAAUUCAGCGACAGCGAUGAUGAUGACGAAGAAGAGGAAAUUGAAGAGAAUGCUGCGACGAAUGGUGCGAAUGGCCAACAAUCCAACAAAAAUGAAGGAUUCAUGCCGAAGACGAGGGUUCUGAUGCUUACUUCGAGAGGUGUUACGCAUCGACACCGAUAUCUUCUCUCCGAUCUCUCCGCUCUCCUCCCUCACACACACAAAGAGAACAAGCUUGACACCAAGAAGAGCGGCGGAUACAACAUGCUCCUCAACUCGCUCGCCGAACUCCACUCUUGCAACGUCGUCUUCUUCCUCGAGGCCCGCAAACGUGGUCAGGAUCUGUACCUCUGGCUCUCGCGCCCUCCCAAUGGCCCCACUAUCAAGUUCUCAGUUACCAACUUGCAUACCAUGGGCGAAAUGGGUACUGGAUUUGCUGGUAAUUGUUUAAAAGGCGGUCGCGGCAUCGUUAUGUUUGACAAGUCGUUUGACGAAAAGGGUCCCGAGGCCGUGAGUCAAAGUGGUACGGAGUAUCGCGGUCUCAUUCGAGAGAUGCUUCGCAAGGUGUUUUGUGUGCCUAAGCGUGGCGUCAGGGGUAUGAAGCCGUUCAUUGAUCGCAUCAUCGGCGUUUUUGGCGUUGAUGGCAAGAUCUGGAUCCGGGUCUACGAAAUCCGGGAAUCUGAAGCGGGUAGCAAGAAUAAAGACGACCAGGCAGAAGUCAAAAAGGCAACCAAGGGCGCAAAGACUGGUAGUACCGGACCGGAAGUAUCGCUCGUUGAGAUUGGUCCUCGCUUCGUUCUUACGCCUAUUGUUAUUCUUGAGGGAAGUUUUGGUGGUCCCGUCAUCUACGAGAACAAGGAAUACGUGAGCCCGAACCAGGUCCGUCGCGACAUCCGUCUGGAGAAGGCUAGCCGAUAUGCGCAAAGAAGGGACGUACAGGCAGACCACGAAGUCAAGAAGUCGUCUCUGGGUCUCGGAAAGGAGGGUAGGAAGAGAGAUGCUUUGGAUACGAGGGAGGUGUUUGCUUAA